AAGAGGAGGAGGAGGAGGCGAGAGCAGAACUGGUGGAAGAAGGAUCUAUCUAUCUAUCUAUUUACCUGACAGAGAGAGAGAAGGAGAAGGAGAGGGGGAAAAGGAUGUUAAACUGCAGUUUGACAAUGUUGAGGAAUCCGAGGCUGGAAGGUUGGCUGCUGGUGGCGUCUCUGUUACUUCUUCACAUCUCUUGGACACGAGCACAAGAUGACGUGCCACCUUAUUUCAAGACGGAGCCGAUUCACUCACAGAUCCACUUGGAGGGGAACCGCCUGGUGCUGACGUGUAUGGCGGAAGGCAGUUGGCCUCUGGAGUUCAAAUGGCUGUACAACAACACAGAGCUGACACGCUUCUCCCUGGAGUACAGAUACAUGAUCCCAUCCCUGGAUCGAUCCCACGCUGGAUUUUACCGUUGCAUAGUGCGGAAUCGGGUUGGAGCGCUGAUGCAGAAGAGAACAGAGGUCCAGGUGGCAUAUAUGGGCAACUUUGAGAGUGGAGACAAGUACCAGAGCGUCUCGCAGGGAAACGCUGCAGUUAUCAGGGCUCCCAGAAUUGGCAGCUUCCCCCAGCCCCAGGUUACGUGGUUCAGAGAAGGACGGAAAAUCUCACCCAGCAGUCGCAUAGCUAUUACGAUGGAAAACACGCUUGUCAUCCUGUCAACUGUGGCCCCAGACACAGGGAGGUACUACGUGCAGGCAGUAAACGACAAGAACGGGGAAAACAAAACCAGUCAGCCCAUUACUCUGACCGUGGAAAAUACAGGUGGCCCCGCAGAUCCAAUAGCUCCAGCUAUAAUCGUCACGCCAAAGAACACAAGUGCAGUGUCCGGUUUGCCUUACGUUACAAUGGAAUGUGUGGCCAACGCCAGGCCGCUGAUUAAACUCAGCAUUAUUUGGAAGAAGGAUGGGGUACCGCUGAGGAGUGGAUUUAGCGAUUACAACCGGAGACUGACUAUCCUAAACCCAAAAGUGAGUGAUGCUGGAUACUAUGAAUGUGAAGCCAUUCUACGAAGCAGUAGUAUUCCUUCAGUCAGUGCGGGGGCCUUCCUGUCUGUGCUGGAGCAUCCACAGCUCGUUCAGGAACCAGAGCGGCACAUUACAGCCGAAAUAGAGAAAGUGGUGGAAAUUCCAUGUCGGGCAAGAGGUAUUCCAUCGCCAACUAUACAUUGGUACAAAGAUGCAGUGCCGGUCACCCAGUUAGAAGUGCCCAGAUACAGCCUAAUGAAUAGCGGCAGCCUGCAAAUCAAUGGGCUGAUCCCGGACGACACGGGCAUGUUUCAAUGCUUUGCUCGAAACCCAGCUGGCGAGGUGCAGACGUUCACAUACCUCGCUGUCACCAGCAUUCCUCCCAAUAUCACCAAAGGACCAUCAGACAGCUCCGUGAUUGAUGGGCUGUCAGUCAUCCUUUCUUGCGAAACAUCAGGGGCGCCACGACCUGCAAUCACUUGGCAGAAAGGCGAGAAGGUCCUGGCAAGCGGCUCAGUCCAGUUGCCUCGCUUCACGCUGCUGGAGUCUGGCAGCCUCCUCAUCAGCCCCUCUCACAUCUCCGACGCAGGAGGUUACACCUGCCUGGCCACAAACUCGCGGGGAGUGGACGAAGCUUCCUCAGACCUCGUUGUGUGGGCUCGCACCCGUAUCACAACUCCUCCACAAGAUCAGAGUGUUAUCAAAGGGACGGUGGCAAUGCUGACGUGUGGCGUGACCCGUGAUCCUAAUGUUGCAAUCAGCUAUGUGUGGGAGAAAGACAAAUCUGUCAUGAAAUUAGACACCAUCCCACGAAUGCAACUCGAUGAAGAAGGAACGUUGCACAUUUCCCAGACUUGGUCAGGAGACAUCGGAGUCUACACAUGUAAAGUCAUCUCAGUCGGAGGCAAUGACUCUCGGAAUGCCCACCUCAAAGUCAGGCAACUCCCACACGCUCCGGAGAAUUUAGUGGCUCAGCUGAGUUCUAGUGAGAAGAGAGCCAUCUCACUGACCUGGGCAAAACCAUUCGAUGGAAACAGCCCCCUGAUUCAUUACAUACUAGAGGUUUCUGAGAACAACUCGCCCUGGAAUGUUCAUCUGUCGAAUGUUAAUCCUGAGUUUUCGGGACUGAUGGUUAGGGGACUUAUACCGGCCAGAUCCUAUCAGUUCCGGAUCUGUGCCGUGAACGAUGUCGGAAAGGGGCAGUUCAGUAAAGAGACUGAGAGGUUAUCACUUCCCGAGGAGCCUCCCAGCGCUCCCCCACAAAAUGUCAUAGCAAGUGGCAGAACCAACCAAUCCAUUAUGAUUCAGUGGCAGCCACCUCUGGAGAACCAACAGAACGGGCCCAUGAAGGGUUACAUUAUAAGAUAUUGCUUGGCAGGUUUACCAGUCGACCACCAAUAUAAGAACAUCACCAGUUCUGAAGUCAACAACUUCCUGCUCGAGGAUCUCAUAAUCUGGACCAACUACGAGAUUGCAGUUGCAUCCUAUAACGGGGCUGGUUUGGGGGUGUACAGCCCCACUGUCACCGAGUGGACCCUGCAAGGGGUUCCCACAGUGCCUCCGGGAAGCGUGCAUGCCGAAGCCAUCAAUUCCACCACCAUCCGAUUCACUUGGACACCGCCCAGCCCUCAGUUCAUUAACGGCAUUAACCAGGGCUACAAGUUGUUAGCCUGGGAGCCGGAUCUGUUUGAAGAGGUUACCAUGGUGACCGUGCGGCCAAAUUUCCAGGACUCGGGCCACGUCGGGUACAUCCGAGGACUGAAGAAGUUCACCGAGUACUACACGUCAGUGCUGUGUUUCACUACGCCUGGCGAUGGGCCCAGGAGUCCUUCAGAACUCAUACGCACGCACGAAGACUACCCUGGUCCUAUCGGACAUCUCAGCUUCACGGAGAUCUUGGACACGUCUCUGAAAGUGAGCUGGAGAGAGCCACAUGAAAAGAAUGGAAUUCUCACAGGCUACCGGAUUUCCUGGGAGGAGUACAAUCGGACGAACACCCGAGUGACUCAUUACCUGCCCAACAUGACGCUGGAAUACCGGGUCACUGGGCUGACAGCACUCACCACCUACACCAUCGAGGUCGCUGCCAUGACGUCAAAGGGACAAGGACAAGUCUCCUCCUCCACCAUCUCCUCAGGUGUUCCUCCAGAAUUGCCCGGUGCCCCAACGAACCUGGCCAUCUCUAACAUCGGGCCCCGCACAGUGACCCUUCAGUUCAGGCCUGGCUACGAUGGUAAAACCUCCAUAUCUCGAUGGCUGGUGGAAGCACAGGUCGGAGUCAUUGGUGAGAACGAAGAAUGGCUCCUUGUUCAUCAGCUGCCCAACGAGCCAGACGCUCGGUCACUCGAGGUCCCUGACCUCAACCCUUUCACUUACUACAGGUUCCGCAUGAGACAGGUGAACAUAGUUGGGACAAGUCAGCCAAGUCAGGUGUCCCGCAAAAUCCAGACCCUGCAGGCGUCACCCGACAUGGCCCCGGCCAACGUGACCCUGCGGACUGCGAGCGAGACGAGCCUCUGGCUACGCUGGGUGCCUUUGCCUGAGUUGGAGUACAAUGGGAAUCCGGAGUCGGUCGGGUACAAACUGAAGUACAGGAGGACGUAUGGAAAUAGACCCCCUCGCAUACACGUCAUCAACGACCGGAUCGAGCGGGAGUUCACCAUCGAGGAUCUGGAGGAGUGGAGAGAGUACACAGUGCAGGUCCAGGCCUUCAAUGCUAUCGGCUCUGGGCCGUGGAGCCAAGAAAUCAAAGGUCGCACAAGAGAGUCUGUCCCUUCUUCUGGACCAACGAAUAUCUCUGCACUGGCUAUUAACUCAAGCAGCAUCUUAGUCAAGUGGAAUGAGGUCCCGGAACAAGAUCGCAAUGGGCUUGUCCUUGGCUAUAAGGUCCUGUAUAAGGAGAAAGACCUGGAGGCCCCUGUGCAGCUCUUGACCAUUGAAGGCAACACCACGUACACAGCUCAACUUACAGAGUUAGGGAAGUAUGUCCUGUAUGAAAUCCAAGUCCUCGCUUUCACCAGGAUCGGAGAUGGAAGGCCCAGCUCCCCACCCAUUCUUGAGAGAACAUUAGAUGAUGUCCCUGGACCUCCUGUGGGAAUCCUGUUUCCAGAGGUGCGAGCCACAUCUGUGCGACUAGUCUGGCAGCCUCCAACGGAACCUAACGGGAUCAUCCUAGCUUAUCAGAUAACGUAUCGUCUGAACACGAGCAGCACAAACACUGCCACGGUGGACGUGCUGAACCCCAGCGCUCGACAGUACACAGUGCCCGGACUGAAAAGAGAACGCAGUUACGUGUUCCGCAUAACAGCCCAGACUCGCAAAGGCUGGGGAGAGGCAGCGGAGGCCUUGGUGGUGACAACAGAAAAGAGAGCUCACCCCCAACCUCCCAGUAAGCCUGCCAUCCGACAACAGGAUGUGCAAGCCCGGGCUGUGCUAUUGUCAUGGGACCCGGGGAGUGAUGGGCUGUCUCCUGUCAGGUACUACACGAUCCAAACCCUGGAGAUACCCAGUGGCAACUGGUCCCUGCAUUCUGCGUCUGUCAGCCACGACUCUACCACCUUCCUUGUGGAUCGGCUGAAGCCUUUCACCUCGUACAAAUUCCGCGUGAAGGCAACAAAUGACAUUGGCGACAGUGAAUACAGUGAAGAGUCUGAUUCUAUCACAACGCUGCAGGCAGCACCAGACGAGCCACCUGAAAUUCUUUCCGUUACACCCCAUACCACAACCUCAGUCAUGAUUUGUUGGCAGCCGCCGGCAGAGGAGAAAAUUAAUGGGAUCCUCCUAGGUUACCGCAUUCACUACCGAGAGCUCGUUUAUGACAGUUUCAGAAGCUUUACCCUUCGCAGCGUGGCCAAUCCCAAAGCAAAAUGGUCUGAGCUGACCCCAGUGUAUAAUGUCCGGAACCUGAGUGACUCUACACUCGCCCAAUAUGAACUGGACAAUCUGAGCAAACACAGACGUUACGAGAUCAGAAUGAGUGUGUACAAUGCCGUGGGGGAGGGGCCGACCGGCCCACCUCAAGAAGUCUUUGUGGGUGAAGCAGUUCCAACUGCUCCAGCCCAAAACGUGCAGGUCCAAAGCGCAACAGCAACACAACUGGACCUGACCUGGGAGCCUCCACCUGCAGAGGCACAGAACGGAGACAUGCAGGGAUACAAGAUUUAUUACUGGGAGUUCCAGCGGCAAAAUGAGACCGAGAAGCUAAAGACCCUGUUCCUCCCCGAAACCAACGUGAAGCUAAAGAAUCUGACUGGAUACACCACCUACCUGAUCAGCGUGUCUGCCUUCAACGCAGCUGGUGAUGGACCCAGAAGCACGCCGAUUCGGAGUCGGACUCAGCAAGCAGCUCCAAGUGUUCCCAGCUACAUUCGAUUCAAUGAGCUGACCACGACCUCAGUGAACGUGUCCUGGGGGGAGCCAAAGUAUCCAAACGGAAUCCUUGAAGGGUAUCGGCUGGUCUACGAGCCCUGCACCCCCGUUGAUGGAGUCAGUAAGAUUGUAACGGUGGAUGUGAAGGGAAACAGUCCACGAUGGAUGAAAAUCAAAGACCUGUCAGAUGGUGUUACGUACACCUACCGAAUUAAAGCAAAAACGUUCACAUAUGGACCAGAAAUUGAGGCAAAUAUCACCACUGGACCAGGAGAAGGUGCUCCCGGGGCUCCAGGUGAACCUCUGAUCUACAGAUAUGGGUCAGCCAUCACCAUUCACUGGUCCAACGGAGAUACGGGUAAAGCACCCAUCAGCAGAUACGUCAUCGAGGCCAGGCCAUCAGACGAAGGAUUGUGGGAUAUCUUGAUCAAGGAUAUCCCGAAGGAAGUGACAUCGUACACCUUCAGCAUGGACAUCCUGAAGCAAGGCGUGAGCUACGACUUUCGAGUGAUCGCAGUCAACGAUUACGGCUAUGGGACGCCCAGCUCCCCCUCCCCCUCAGUUUCAGGCCAGAACGCAGCCCCGUUUUACGAGGAGUGGUGGUUCCUGGUGGUCAUUGCCUUGGUCGGCCUCAUCUUUAUUCUCCUCCUGGUGUUCAUCCUGAUAAUCCGGGGACAGAGCAAAAAAUACACAAAGAAAACAGACUCAGGGAAUAACACAAAGACCAGCGGGCUGGGCCAUGAGGAGAUUAUGAGCCUAGAUGAUGGUCGAUUCCCAGCACUGGAACUCAACAACAGACGGCUCUCCGUGAAGAACUCCUUCUGUAGAAAGAACGGCAUCUACAACAGAUCACCUCCACGGCCAAGUCCUGGCAGCCUCAACUACUCUGAUGAGGACGUCAGCACGAAAUACAACGACCUGAUCCCAGCAGAGAGCAGCAGCCUGACCGAGAAACCGUCGGAGAUUUCAGACUCUCAGGGAAGUGACAGCGAAUGUGAAGUCGACCAGAACAGACCGAAGACGCAUUCUUUCGUCAAUCACUACAUAAGCGACCCCACGUAUUACAACUCGUGGAGACGGCAGCAGAAGGGCAUCUCGCGAGCCCAGGCCUACAGCUACACAGAGAGCGAGGCGGGCGACACCGAGCAGACCCAUCAGUCUGUCGCUAACAACACCCAGUCCACCCAAGCCAACCAACAAGGCAGCCUCUUCCGACCUAAGAGUAGUCUUACACCCACCCCUCUACACCCUGCCAACAACACCAGUCAACCAGGCACCCUGUAUCGACCUGCCAGCAGCCUUGCUCCAGGAUCCAGGACCCCACUGGCAGGAUUCUCUUCCUUUGUUUGAACAGCAGCAAACUUUACUUCUUCUUAAUUUCGAAAGAGUCGUUGUGUAGAAGACAAUCAGAGAUCCUUUGAGCUGCUGCUUGCAGCCUUGCACAGAUUUUUU